UUGACAUUUCUUGACGUCAUGUUUUGGUAACAUUUUGCGAUUUAUAAUAGUUUUGUUUAUUAUAGAUUUAAAUAGAUUAUAGAUGGGUACAUUGUUUAAAUUUGAUUAUUCUCAUUAACAUAUGUAUUUUCGGAUAGUGUGGCGCAAUUAUAUAAUUAUCAAAAGUACGAUUUAUUUGGAAAACAAGUAAAUCCAAACACCAAAUAGCAAAGAUGCCUCAUGAACAUAUUAAAUACACAAAUUCUGUAUCUUCCGUAAAUAAUUCAGAUGAAGAAGAAGAUGUGGAAAGUAAGACUUCUCCCAUGAGCUACAAAGAACGCAGGAGAGAAGCUCAUACACAGGCCGAACAAAAAAGACGUGAUGCAAUUAAAAAAGGAUAUGAUACAUUACAAGAACUGGUUCCAACUUGCCAACAGCCUGAUGUUUCUGGCUACAAAUUGAGUAAAGCUACUGUCUUACAAAAAUCCAUAGACUAUAUUCAGUAUCUCCAAAUGCAAAAGAAGAAGCAAGAGGAGGAACGAAAUGCUUUAAGAAAAGAGGUAGUAGCGUUAAGAAUAAUGCAGACCAACUAUGAACAAAUUGUUAAGGCACAACAAUCACAACCGGGACACACUGAAACUAGAAUUUCAGAUGAAGUGAAAUUUUCAGUGUUUCAAGCAAUAAUGGACGAACUCUUUGCAACGUUUAGUGGAGUUUCUGUGAAUAAUUUUUCUGAAUUAUCUGCUGGAGUUUUCAGUUGGUUAGAGGAAUAUUGUAAGCCACUUACCCUCAAAGAUACUGUGUACCAAGUUCUUAGACUACACCACCAUACACAUACGCGUGGACAGCAAAAUUAGCUCACUACAAGGAGAAUUGAUGGUACUACAAAUGGGUCUAAGUGGAAUAUUCGCUUUAUGAAUUUUCGGUACUCCAUAACAAUGUGGUGUCUUACUGUAAUAAUGAGGUGUCAUUAAUUUUCUUUGAUAGUACGUUAGAUCAUUUUUAAAUUUGAAUAAAGUUCUAUAGAUUUUGUUUUCCUGUUUGUCUUCGUUGUUAAUUAAUAAACGUUAAUACAUUCAUUUUUUAGUAAAA